UCUGUGCAACGGCUCUCACAGUGCAGUGGUCUGCUUAGAAAGUGGAAGCCCCAUCCAUCCUCUGACUGCGACCACACGGACUACGCGUUUAUUGACAAUCAGAGAAGUAUUCCAAACGGACGGAACGCUUUUACGCACAGCUUUACGCACAGUUUUACGCACGGCUCAAACGGCACCGGCGUCAUUUGGACACGUCAUUUUUUUUUUUUUUUCCUCACAGCGGAUCUAUGAGGACGCAGACAGGUUUUCUGCCUCUUCCAGACUUCAGGAACAGGGAGUGACCCCCUGCCUCCCUCAGCCUGCCUCAUGCCGGGCGUCAGCUCCACCGCGCCCCACUAUGACCACUGGGACAUGGACCACCUGGACCACUACCAGCACUACUUCUACGACGACCCCGAUGAGGAUUUCUUCAAGUCCACCGCCCCCAGUGAGGACAUAUGGAAGAAAUUCGAACUGGUACCAACCCCACCCAUGUCCCCCAUAAGGGCAGUGGAGGGGUCCGCUAAGGUUGGGAUGCUUUACCCUACGCUGGGGGACAAACUGGAAUGGGUGUCUCAGUUUUUGGGGCAGGAUGACGAGGAGCAGGACACGCCUUGCAGAGUGGCCGCCUCCACGGAGUCUUUUGGGAACCUGAGCUCCAUCAUCAUCCAGGACUGCAUGUGGAGCGGCUUCUCGGCUGGACAGCAUCUGGAGAGGGUGGUGGCGGCGGGCGAGCGGCAGGCCAAACUGUCCGGGGGCGCACCUGUUGUGGCGCCCCCUGCUGUGGGGAAAGGCGGUCAGUGCGGGGCUGGGGACGCGCCCUCGCUCAACGCUCUGACUGCGGACUGCGUUGACCCGGGAGCUGUGUUCACUUUUCCCCUGGGUGGAGUCAGUAAGAAGCAAGUGUCGUCUGGAUCCGAGUCGCACUCAGAGUCUUCAGACGAUGAAGAUGAGAAAGAGGAGGACGAAGAGGAGAUCGACGUGGUGACGGUGGAACACAAGCAGCAGAAGAGAAAGCCUCGUCGCUUGGUCAACAGCAGAAAACCUGUGACCAUAACCGUGCGAGCUGACCCCCUGGACCUCGGCCUGAAGCGUUUCCACAUCUCCAUUCAUCAGCAGCAGCACAACUACGCCGCGCCCUCGCCGGACUCCGCCCCCGCCGCCCCGGAACCCCCGAGAAAGAGGGUGCGACAGGAGACCGGGGCUUACGGGGCGCAGAACUCUCAGCAGCAGCAGCAGCCCCUCCCCGGCCACGCCCCUUUGAAUCUGGACAGUAGACGGUGUCACGUGACCUCCGGCGCGGUCAGGUCGGAAUCCCCCGACUUCAGCGCUUCCUCCCCUACCUCCUCCGCCGCCUCCCCUUCCUCCCCUUCGUCCUCGUCCCAGACCUCGCCCGUAAAGCACCUCCCCCCGUCCCACCUGUCCAGCCCCCAGUCGUCCGAUUGCGAGGACACAGACAAACGCAAGGCACACAACUUCCUGGAGCGCAAGCGUAGGAACGAUCUCCGCUCCCGCUUCCUCUCGCUUCGGGAUGAGAUUCCGGGAUUAGCCGACUGCCCCAAAACCCCCAAAGUGGCCAUCCUAACGCGGGCCACGGAAUACCUCCAACAGCUUCAUAUGAGCGAGAAGCAGAAGAGCGCGGAGAGGAAACAGCUGAAGGCCAAGAGGCUUCAACUCCUCCACCGACUGGCCCAGCUGAAGCGCUCCUGAGCCUCACACUUCUUCUUCUUCAGAGACACUUAACGUUCACUUUGGGUUGAUCACGGUAGAAUGGUGCCGGUGGAUUGUUUUUUGAUUUUUGUGGUUUGCACAUUAGCUUCUUGAGUGAUUGACAAAGGCCAUACAAAGCCAGGUGUAAAGCAGCGGACUGGGGAGCGUGGGCGGAGCAGAUGAAGCAGAUGUCCACGUUUCUCUCUAAAGCUUUUGUAAGAAUUGAAGUACCCUAAUGACAAACGGUUAAAAAGAGUUUAAAAAAAUUUGCUACAGGUUUGCUGUUUCAGUACUGCAUGGUCCGAUCCGACGUCUGUGUAUUCAAAAGCCAAUUACGCUCAGUUGUGUUGCAAAAUUUGUUUCCAGUGGGUGCGAUGGACGGUAUGAUUGUAGCUAACAAACGGAAACGGUGAACAAUAGGUGCGUUCGUUUCUGUUUAGCUAGCGUCUCCCUUCAGAUACAUAAAAGGCAGUGUCCAGCAGCAAUCUGACCACAACUGAUGAACCGAUUGUAGCUAACAAACAGAAACCGUGAACAAUAGGUGUUUUAGUUUGUUUUUGCUAGCAUCACCCUUCAGAUACUCAUAAGGCGGCGUCCAACAGCACCAGAAGCGACUUCGACGAGCAGCGAAACAUCUCCUACUCCUACAACAUUUAGUAAAAUAUUCAAAUCUGUCAACUGGACUACGGUAUGAUUGUAGCUAACAAACAGAAACGCUGAACAAUGGGUGCAUUUGUUUCUGUUUAGUUAGCAUGUCCCUUCAGAUACAUAUAAGGCAGUGUCCAUUAGCAAUCUGACCACACCUGAAAAGGCGAUUUCGACAAGCAGCGAAACGUCUCCUCCUCCUACAACGUUUAGUCCAGUUGACAGAUUUGAAUAUUUUACACCUCUAUGAUUGUAGCUAACAAACGGAAACUGAACAACGGGUGUGUUUGUUUCUGUUUAGCUAGCAUCUUCCUUCAAAUAGAUAUAAGGCAGUGUCCAUUAGCAAACUGACCACACCUGAAAAAGCAACUUCAACGAGCAGUGAAACAUCUCCUACUCCUACAACAUUUAGUCCAGUUGACAGAUUUGAAUAUUUUACUACAGUAUGAUUGUAGCUAACAAACAGAAAUGGAGAACAAUAGGUGUGUUCGUUUCUAUUUAGCUAGCAUCUCCCUUAAGAUACAUAUAAGGUAGCGUCCAGCAGCAAUUUGACCAGAAGCGACUUCAACGAACACACGAAACGUCUCCUACUCCUACAACAUUUAGUCCAGUUAACAGAUUUGAAUAUUUUACUCCACUAUGAUUGUAGCUAACAAACGGAAACUGAACAAUGGGUGCGUUCGUUUCUGUUUAGCUAGCGUCUCCCUUCAGAUAGAUAUAAGGCAGUGUCCAGCGACAAUAUAACGGCAACUGAAAAAGUGACUUCGAGCAGCGAAACGUCUCCUCCUCCUACAACGUUUAGUCCAGUUGACAGAUUUGAAUAUUUUACUACGUUAUGAUUGUACUAAACACAUUCUCAGGCUUCUAGCUGUAACAGAACUCCCAGGAUUCAAUGGGACUCGAUGGGCCUGAAGCUUCCGUUGAAAGAAAAGACCGUUCGUUAGACCGUUUGGCGACCGCGCUUGGAUCUCGUGGUAAAAGUCCCCCGUCUCUUUCCGUGUUAGUGUUUUUUUCUGUGUUUCUUUGUCAGUGGCUUAUCUAUUUAACAUUCAAGGCAAGUGACGUCGCAGAAGGACUUUUUGAAACUUAAUUGUUACGAAAAUGUGACAAUACACUCUGCACCUUUUUUGGAAAAUGGUUGUGCCUGUCUGUUCUGUUGAAACUGAAGUGUUUUGUUGUUUUUUUUUUUUUUUGCAUGUGGGAUGUUGUCAUAGCAGCUCCAUGCCUGCAGAAACAGCCUGUUUGUAGCUCCGUUCUCGUAUUUAUUGCCACGUGGGCCAAUCCUAUUUAAUGCAAAAGUUAAAAAUUGUCUUUAUUGUGCCAUGGAAACCAGCCAAAAAAUAUGAAUUGGCUUAAGAAACGAAACAAAAUUCAAAAGCUGUUCUAUAUUUCACAAUGAAUGAACCCUAAGCCUAUAUUACGCCUAUGUUAUUUUGCUUUAUUUUUGUGUUAGCGUAGCCGCAUUUCUUGGAUCUAAAUGUACAUAGCCCUUUAUCGCCCAAAACUCACCUAUAGGUUGUGGUUGGUCCGUUUCCUGAACCAGGGCCAAACUUGCUGGCAUUUCAAAGAAAACUCAAAAGCUUAUAUAUAUUUUUGUUAAGAAAAAGAACUGAAAAAGUAAAAUAAAACACUCAUGAUCACACUAGCCACUUUGUCACAUUCUUUCGCGAAGCCUACUUUUGUUUUUCUCUCUGUAAGCUAACGAAAAUUUGAUACUAUAUAUUUUCCUACAGAGCUACGUAUGUUCUGAACCGUGUGAGCUAACGACUGUUUUGUUCUCGUAGCUGGCAGGGAUGCGUGUGGUUUUGCGCCGGGAAAAUUAGCGCACAUCUUUUGGCCCUCUAUGUGUGAAGAAUCCAAUCCCUUUAGCUGUAGCAUUUACGGGUCGGGUGCAGGGGAAAGAGGAUCUAGUGAUUAAACUUUUGGCCGGGUGUAGCCCUAGUGACCUUUUACAACUGCUCUAUUGUGUUCAAGCCAUGUGACAUACAACACUGUAGCCCUCAGACGAGUACUGUACCAAUGACGGCAGAGUAGGCCACUGCUCAUUCUCAGGAAACCGCAGGGAGCUUGUGAGGACAGAUCUACGGAGUCUCCCACGUAGAGGGCCACUGCGAUGUACGGUCUGCUAAUGAACGGCACGAAACGUCAUCAGCCCCGUUUGUUAAUAUUGUUGUUGGUUUUUUUUUUUAUAUUAAAGUGAACCCUCGGCGUUGUGGUUCAUGGUGUGUUUUGUAUGUUUUUGACUUGUUAUCGUCUGCUCUUGGCUAUGUCAGUGUAGCAGUGAACAUUUGCUUACUUUAACCCGGUCAUGUUCAGAGCCUUGUUUCAGCACUUUGUUUUUCUGUACCUCAUUGCCUCUAUAUAAAGAGCUGGAAAAUUAAUAAAAUGUAAUUAUUUGACAUCA